GAUCAACUACCUGACGCUCACGGAAACAGAUAAGAUCUGGAUGCCGGAUCUGUUCUUCAAGAACGAGAAGACGGGCCACUUCCACGACAUCAUCCUCCCGAACCGCUACAUCAGGAUCUACCCGAACGGCGACGUCCUCUACAGCAUCCGGAUUUCCAUGACGCUCUCGUGCCCAAUGAACCUCAAGCUGUACCCGCUCGACACGCAAGUCUGCCAGCUGCUCAUGGCGUCGUACGGCUGGACGACCGAUGACCUACUGUUCCUGUGGGAGGAGAACGAGCCGAUCCAGGUAACCAAGAACCUCUACCUGCCGCGCUUCACGCUCGAGCACUUCGUCCCCACCUACUGCAACAGCAAAACCAACACAGGCGAGUACAGCUGCCUUCAGGUGAACUUGAUCUUCAAGCGCGAGUUUUCCUACUACCUGAUCCAGUACUACAUCCCCUGCUGCAUGCUGGUCAUCGUAUCGUGGGUGUCAUUCUGGCUCGACCAGUACGCCGUGCCCGCCCGCGUCGCGCUCGGCGUCACCACCCUGCUCACCAUGUCCACCCAGACCGCCGGCAUCAACCAGUCUCUGCCUCCCGUCUCCUACACUAAGGCCAUUGACGUGUGGACGGGCGUGUGUCUCACCUUCGUGUUCGGGGCGCUGCUGGAGUUCGCGCUCGUCAACUACGCAUCGCGUUCUGACUUCCAGCGGAAGAAGCAGCGACGCCACUGGGAGAUGGAGUCCCAAGCAGCCUACGAUGCCUCCGUCGUGCCUUCCACCUCCGGAGGCGAAGGGGGCUUCCACCACAACCACAGGGAUCUCCGCGAUCAGUAUUCGCCGGAUAACGACGGUCACAUUCCCGAGUAUCCAAGCAUGGUCAGGGAGAGAAUGGAGAACGGCUUUCCCGCUUUCGCCAUGAGGCCACUGGUCCCGCCCUUCCGCGACGGCGGGCCGGCGCACUUGCGCUCCUGCGAAGUGCACCUACAGGGGGCCCCGACCAACUGCUUUCAGACGUGGCUGGCCAAGUUCUCCACCCGUAGCAAGCGCAUCGACGUCAUCGCCCGCAUCACCUUCCCGUUAGUGUUUGCCCUCUUCAACGUCGCCUACUGGAGCGCCUACCUCUUCCGGGACGACGAGAUGCAGAUCUAAGAGGCGCUCGUCCCUUGCGGCGGCUCACUGCUCGGGGACGCGCCAGUGCCUGCCUCUUGCAGAGACUGCAAUACGCACUGCGGACUGCAGUCGACUAGACGUUUUUGUAUUGUGCGCCUGUUCGCGGGCUACGAGAAUAUUUGUUUUCGCAAACAUGUUUUGUGGCGCAAAUUAAAUUUUUAGAAGGCUAACACAGCGAGUAAGGUGACGGUGUCCUAGCAUCCUCUUUGCAAGCACUCCCCGUGCCCCCGUCGUCGCCCUUACCCCCGCAGUGCGGCCUAAUCAGCCCCUCACGAACGUCCUCGACUGAUGAGGACCGUUGGUGCAAUGGAAAUGGGAUUUGAGUUUUUGUGCACAGACUAGGGGUCGCUGCCUCCCCCUGCGAGCGCACCGAAAACGCUGAAGGGGAGGGCCUGAGUUGCGGAGAUACGUGGUGCGGGCAGGGAAGGGGCACUCAACGAGUGGCGGUCAUCCGAGUGGACCGGUUUUAAAGCUCUGAAAAUUGUGUAAUGAAGGGGUGUGCGGGGUGAUGAAGUACAAUUAAAGUAGUGUAAUAGGACAAAGCUGAAGCUAGGUAGAUAGUACUGAUGAUAUAUUUAAAAAAUAUAUAUGGAUGCGGGCUAAUCGCCAACAAAAGUUUGCCACUUGGGCAGCGUAAUCAACUGCUGGCCGUGUUGAAGAAGGUGAUUAACGAGAUUGGAUCACGAGGCGGCGAGAGCAUAGUGGGGACUGAUUUCCCCUCAUAAAAACGAGACUCCAUUUGGGCGCUGACAGCAGACUAAGUAUUCUUGUGUUACAGAGGGUGAAGAGAGCAGUGGCCCACCUCG